UUUACCCCACCAGUCUCUUAUUACACCAUUUGACAGUAUAUAAUAUUUCCUGUGCAAGUUUCAUUAUUGCUCAUUCUAAUUAGUAACAUUGCUGUAUUACUCCUAUUUCAGAUCAAGGCUUUGAUAUUCAUUGAUUGUCAGAAGGAUUUAUUGGCUUAUACAUUGCUUAGCCUUUAUCUUAAACUAAUUCAGUAAAUAACUCAACAAUGUUGAAACUAGGAAAUUCUUAUCAUAUGUGGAAAAAUAUGAAAAUUACAAGAGGGCAUGUGAGUUUCUGCUCUGAGUUUUGUAUUGACUCUAGUUUUUAUUUUGGGAUAAUUUCUAGAAAGGUACAUCUGGCAUCAGUGGACAAAGAACAGCAGUAUGCCCCAAAAACUCUCAAUUCUAAAUCCAUUGAUGAAGUUGAUUCUGAAAGAAGACACAAUUCUAUUGGCAUACAAAUGCUAUCAAAGAACCUUUUUGAGCAAAUUUUCAAUAAUUCUUGUUCUUCCACAUCAGAAGAAACUGAUGAGGCUGACCUGUCUCAAUGCAUCCAACAUUUGACAGCACAGAAGUUGUGGGGUAAGAAGAAUACUGAAAAUCAAGAUGUUGUUCUUAAGCUUCCAAAACUUUUGGGUGAUGAUUUAAACUCCCACUUUGUAAGUAUUGCAACUGAGCAAGUAAAGCCAUAUAAAGAACUCUUACACAAAUUAACUCGCCAAAAGCUACCUAAAGCUCCUGUAAAAUUCUCUUUUUCUCAAGGGUGGACAAAGUAUUACCCAGAUGGGUCAAGUAUCAGUGUUGAUGCACCAGAAUGUGAUGCUUUUGUCUUUGAUGUGGAGGUGUGUGUUAAUAAUGGCAACCAACCAACACUGGCUUCAGCAGUUUCUGACAAGUAUUGGUAUUCAUGGUGCAGCCAUGAACUUAUUAAUUCAAAUAAUAGCAACAUGAAAAGCUCAAAAUUCCUUUCUUCUGCCUCUGUUGUUGAUAACGAAAGGAAGAUCUUAAAUUAUAACUCAGAAGUGUCAGAAGAAAAUGAGGAAUGUUCAGAUGAAAUGACUGCUCCACAGACUAAGGGCUGUGAGUUGAAGUUGGAUGACCUGAUUCCAUUUGGAGGAAGUAACCCAUCAAGAAGUGAUAACCAAAAACCUAGAAUUAUUGUUGGCCAUAAUGUUAGCUAUGAUAGAAUUAGGAUUAGAGAACAGUAUCAUGUACCUGAUUAUCCUUUAAGGUUUGUUGAUACCAUGUCCCUUCAUAUUGCUGUGAGUGGACUAGUCCAAGAGCAACGUGCUAUGAUAAUGAAGAACAGUGUUGCAACAAAGAAAGUCCACCUGCCCUGGAUGUCUGUAGGCACUGUCAAUAAUUUAAAUGAUGUUUACAAAUUUUAUUGUAAGAAAAAAGAACUAAAGAAAUCUACAAGAGAUGUCUUUGUUAAAGGAACAUUGGAUGACAUUCGAGAAGAUUUUCAAAAUUUGAUGGCCUACUGUGCUUUGGAUGUACAAGCCACCCAUGAAGUUUUGAUCAACCUACUACCACUUUUUUAUGAACGCUGUCCUCAUCCUGUUAGUUUUGCUGGCAUGCUUGAGAUGGGGUCUAGUUACUUACCUAUUAAUCAGUCAUGGAAUAAGUAUAUAGAAAAUGCUGAUAAACAGUAUUUUAUUAUGCAAACAGCAUUAACUAAAAAACUUGGUGAAAGAGCUGUAGAUGCUCUGAAACUCAGGGAUGGAAAAUAUAAAAAAGAUCCUUGGCUCUGGAACUUAGAUUGGACUGUUAUGACCAAGUUGAAGAAAAAAGGCAAAAGUACUCCCAACUGGUAUGUCAAGCUCUGUAAAACCUCUGGAGACAGAGAAGGAACUCCAGAGCCAGGCAACAUGAGCACAAGUCUCAGAGUUGUACCCAAACUUCUUCGAUUGACCUGGAAAGGGUAUCCCCUCCAUCAUGAAAAGGACUAUGGCUGGGGCUACCUAAGGCCUAAGUAUGCUUCAUACAAGCAUUACCUGGCAGCUAUUGAUGAGCUAGAAAACAACUCUUCUCAAAGCGAUGAAAAUUUGUCUGAAAUAGAAUUUCCUUAUGAAGAAUUCUACAAUGUUUGUCCUGUAAAGACACCUAUUCCAGGUGGAAGUGUAAUUGAUGAACUCCUAGAAACUCAGGAAGACUGGGAACAGCUUCUUUAUGGUACUCCUCGUGGUACAAAGCUGAAAAUUUCUGCCAAGAGCAAAAGCUUGGAAGUCUCAGAAGAUCACCCAAUUGAUAUUGGAAUUAAUGGUGUAGAGUUCAUCAGACUUCCUCACAAAAAUGGACCUGGUCACAAUGUUGGAAAUCCUUUAGCAAAAGACUUCUUGAACAAAAUUGAAGAUGGUACAUUGAGUAGUCAAAUAAAAGAAGUAGCUGAGCUUGUGCUGAGAACUACAAAAAGCAUUUCUUAUUGGAGGAAUGCUAGAGACCGAAUUCUUAAUCAAAACACAGUUUGGCUUGACAAUAACCAUCUUCCAGAAUGCUCACUUUCAUCCGAUGAAUUUAAUCCAGAGGCAAAGUAUGGAGCUGUCUUGCCUCAGGUUGUUGUGUGUGGCACUGUUACACGUAGAGCAGUUGAGAAGACCUGGCUAACUGCUAGCAAUGCUCGAGCUGACAGAAUUGGUUCUGAACUCAAGGCAAUGAUUACAGCUCCUCCUGGCUAUCACUUUGUUGGUGCUGAUGUCGACUCACAGGAACUCUGGAUUGCUGCACUUCUUGGGGACUCAUAUUUCUCAGGAGUACAUGGCAGCACAGCAAUGUCAUGGAUGACCCUGCAAGGCACCAAGUCUGAAGGCACCGACCUACACAGCAAGACUGCCAUCACUGCACACAUCACCAGAGAUCAGGCUAAGGUGAUCAACUAUGGCCGCAUCUACGGGGCAGGACUGAAGUUCUUGCAAACUCUCCUCAUGCAGUUCAACCCAUCCUUGACCCCAAGCAUAGCCAGGCAACGAGCAGAGGACAUCAUGGCUGCCACCAAAGGCGAGAAGGGAUGGCGACUCAAUGAUGAAGCUCGUCAAACAGUGUUAACGCUGUUGGGUGAAGACGUCCGAGAUAAAGCCUUCUCUAAGAAGGAGAUCAAUGCAUUACUUCGUCGUCUAAUGAAAGAACAUCAGCACUACGCAAGCUUUGCAAACAUCACGCAGAGUCCUGCGGUGUGGACUAACGGCUCAGAGUCGUUCACAUUCAAUUGCCUGGAAGACAUCGUGCGGCGCGAACGUCCCGUGUCGCCGGUGCUGGGUGCCGCUAUUUCCAAGCCUUUGGAACCCUACUACGCCGGCAACCAGUACAUGACCAGCAGGAUGAACUGGGUCGUACAAAGCUCAGCGGUUGAUUACCUGCACCUGAUGACCGUGUGCAUGAAAUGGUUGGCUCAACGCUACAACAUCAACAUGCGUUUCAGCAUCAGCAUACAUGAUGAGGUACGCUAUCUUGUGGCAAGUGAGGAUCGCUACAGAGCAGCUCUUGCCCUACAGAUAACCAAUCUCCUCACGAGAUGUCUCUUCGCUCUCAGGGUUGGGAUGCCGGACCUACCUCUUGCAGUGGCCUUCUUCAGUUCGGUUGACAUUGAUAAAGUACUUCGGAAAGAUCCUUUAGAUUCGUGCGUCACUCCCUCUAAUCCUGACGGUUUGGAAAAAACCUAUGGUAUAAAGCCUGGCGAGGCUCUAACGAUCUACCAGCUUUUGAAAAUUAUUAGAAGCCUUGGCGAUGAAGAGAGAUGAUAAAGUGUACACCUAUCAA